GGGGAACUGGCGGCGUAUCACGUUUCUAAUGUGCAGUGCUAGGGGCACUUCGGUCACCUUGCUCGCAUCGUCAGCGGCUAGUUUGUCUCUAGCGCAGACGUGCGGCUCUCGCUGUGGCCCUGCCUGUCCAGGCGGUGCUCCUCUGCGGCUGCGGCAAUUCAUGAGCUGACAACGAGUACCCAAAUCCGUGUGAGCCCUAGAUUUCUCGGGGUGGAAUUCCGGCGGCAACACAUGGGCGCCAACGACUCAGCAAAUCGCUGCACUGCUUGAAGGCCUGCGCUGCGAAAGCACACGCUUGCUCGGGGGCCAAGGACGCGCGCCGCCGGCGAGAGACUUCGUGCUCAGGAUAGCCGCGCGCGCAGGACGCCGGGGGGCGAGUGUCAGCUCAAAUUCCCCCCCGCGGGGGCCUUGCUGCGCUCCGCGCCCUUCCCGCUGGAGGCCGGGCAGGGAUCGGGGGUCGAGGGUGGAGGUUCGAGGAUGAAGGGAAGGAUCGAGGAGCAGGAGGACAGGGGGGAUCAUCAGUGGCAUGAGAGCAGAGCAGCGAUGCUGCGCGUCUGGGCCUCGAGCCCAUGCGACACGCGCCCCGCGGGAGCUCUUCAUGGAUCCUCGGCGGCGUCCAGCAGCCCGCGCCUGACCUGGGGGCAGCUCGCGCAGGGCGAUACGCAGGGCGAGGCGGCGAGACUGGCGCGUCGUGCCGUGAUUGGCGGCGCGGUUGAGCUAUUCGAUGUGAGAAGGACGGGGCUCGACUUGCUGCACAUUGACGGACGGCGGCGGAGGCUCUGGGGUUGAGCGCGACGCUGCUUGCUCCUCGAGCGCUGCCCGCGCCGCUCGAAGCGCGCCGUGCGGGCGCUCACGCUUCAAAUACCUGACCUUGGCACGGCAUCCGGGAGCUCCACCCUUCCUGAUCCGCCCUUGCUGGUCGGAUCCUCCUACCUUCGCCUGGUCGGCCUCACGAGAGCCCUCCGGGCCGUGCCGCACCGACAAGAAUAUCAACAUCGACGACAUUGGCGGAGCUCUGCCGAGAACCUCGGCUUGGAGGAGUCCGUGACCUCGCCACAAGAGCGUAGCGUGCGCGACGUCCUCCCAUCCCGCCCCCACCUCGUACCCGAACUGGUGAGAUGGGCGCUCCUCGAGGCUCCCAUGGGGCUCGGGCUCCUCUGCG